CUGUGUCUAUUCAAGGUCCUUGGAGUUGGAAUCAAUGGAAAGGUUGUUGAAUGCGAACAUCGUGUUACUGGGGAGAAGUUUGCUCUCAAAGUUCUUCGUGAUAUACCAAAAGCGAGGAGAGAGGUCGACUUGCAUUAUAUAGCCAGUGGACAUCCGAAUAUUGUAGAAAUAGUUGAUGUCUAUGAGAAUUCCUACAAUGACGUGCAGUGUUUACUCGUUGUCAUGGAAAGUAUGCGUGGUGGCGAGCUUUUUAAUCGAAUUCAAGAACGUGGACAGCAGGCAUUCACUGAAAGGGAAGCUGCUGGUAUAAUGUACGAAAUAUGCUCUGCUGUUGCUCAUCUUCACAGAAUGAAUAUUGCUCACCGUGAUAUUAAACCUGAAAAUUUGCUAUAUGUAGAUAAUACUCCUAAUUCGCGAUUAAAACUCACCGAUUUCGGGUUUGCCAAGAGAACCGAUGAAUCGGAACCACUUGGUCUAGCCACUGCCUGCUAUACGCCGUAUUACUGUGCUCCGGAAGUUCUGGGUGCCGAAAAAUAUGAUAAGUCGUGCGAUCUCUGGUCUGUAGGAGUCGUUAUGUAUAUAUUGUUAUGUGGAUAUCCCCCAUUCUUCUCUCAAAAUGGCCUUCCAAUGUCGCCUGGAAUGAAGGCGAAGAUCAAGUCAGGUCAAUACACUUUCCCAUCGCCAGAAUGGGACUGCGUUUCCGAGGCUGCUAAAGAUCUAAUCAAAAAAUUGCUCAAGACGGAUGCGGCUGAGCGAAUAACCAUUGAGCAGACGAUGCAGCAUAAGUGGAUCACUCAUUUCCAAAAGGUGCCAGACACUCCUCUUUUCACUAGCACCGUCUUAGUUGAUCAAAAGGCACAGUGGGGUGAGAUGCAGGACGAGAUGGAAAAAACGCUGGCAUCGAUGCGUGUUGGAAACGAGAGCAUGCAAAUAAAAAGUCUCGCAGAGUCGAACAAUAAGCUUUUACUAAAGCGGAAGCAGCGAGCGGAGGAUGUUAUACCGGAGGGCAGCUGA